AUGACCUCCGUCGAUCCUGUUACAGACCUUUCAGAGGUCUCUCCUGUCUUGCUGCGGAAGUAUAUCGACGGUUGUCACAUGCUCCAUCAACAUGAUCUCGUGGACGCGUAUGGCCAUCUUUCCGUCCGUCUGUCCGGUUCGACCUUCCUGAUGUCCCGGUAUCUCGCACCGGCUCUGGUCGCGUCUGUUGAAGACCUUGUCAUAUACAAUAUCGAAGAUGCACAGCCCGUGAAGCCGGACGCCCCAAGAGGAUUCUCAGAGCGUUUCAUUCACUCGGAAGUUUACAAAGCCUAUCCAUCUGUCCAGUCAGUGGUUCAUUCGCACAGUCUGGACGUUGUGCCAUUUUCAAUCUCGACAGUGCCGUUGUCUGCGUGUUUUCACAUGGCCGGGUUUCUGGGGACCGCUGUUCCUGUGUGGGAUGCAGCUUCGGUGUACAAAGACCAUCCAUCCGACAAUCAGGACAUGCUAGUCAGGAACAUCAAACUUGCUUCCUCACUCGCAAAGGCGCUGGGGAAAAAUGGUCAGGUCAAUCAUCCCGUUGUGCUCAUGAGAGGUCACGGUAUGGUGGUGACAUCAGAGAGCCUGGAAAUGUGCAUCUUCAACUGUAUUUACACGCAACAAAAUGCAAGGGUUCAACGCAGUGCGAUGGGGCUUGGUGGCGAGGUGAAGUACUUCACCGAGCGUGAGGCACAUGAUACAGGAACGACUACCGGGAUGGGAGCUGUAAAACCAUGGCCAUUGUGGGAGAAGGAGGUCUCCAACGAAACCAUGUAUCGAAACCUAUUACCUAGCCCCGAGGCUGGACAUGGCUGA